GUCCCUGUAGCAGCCGAAGGCGCAGCCUGGACUGUAGUUUCCCGGGAGAGAGGAGAGCAGGAACAGGAGAGGAGCGCAGUCCUCGGAGCCUCUGCUCCAGCAUCCCGCCAGGGGUUGCAGGUGUGUGGGAGGCUUGAAACUAUUCCAACAUGGCUUUCCUUGGACUCUUCUCUUUGCUGGUUCUGCAAAGUUUGGCGUUAGGGACCACUUUCACUGAUGAAACCAUUGCUGAGUUGUCAGUGAAUAUGUAUAACCAUCUUCGAGCCACUGGAGAAGAUGAAAAUAUUCUCUUCUCUCCACUGAGUGUCACCCUUGCAAUGGGAAUGAUGGAACUUGGGGCCCAAGGGUCUACCCUGAAAGAAAUCCGUCAUUCAAUGGGAUAUGAUAGCCUGAAAAAUGGUGAAGAAUUUUCUUUCUUGAAGCAUCUUUCUCACAUGGUGACUGCUGAAGAGAGUCAGUAUGUGAUGAAAAUUGCCAAUUCCCUCUUUGUGCAAAAUGGAUUUCAUAUCAAUGAUGAGUUUUUGCAAAUGAUAAAAAAGUACUUUAACGCAGAAGUCAAUCAUGUGGACUUUGGUCAAAAUGUAGCUGUGGCCAACCAUAUCAAUAAGUGGGUGGAGAAUAAUACAAAUAGUCUGUUGAAAGAUUUGGUAUCCCCAAGGGAUUUUGACGCCGUCACUCAUCUGGCCCUCAUCAAUGCUGUCUAUUUCAAAGGCAAUUGGAAGUCACAAUUUAGACCUGAAAAUACCAGAACUUUUUCCUUCACUAAAGAUGAUGAAAGUGAAGUCCAAAUUCCAAUGAUGUAUCAACAAGGAGAAUUUUAUUAUGGGGAAUUUAGUGAUGGCUCCAAUGAAGCUGGUGGUAUCUACCAAGUCCUGGAAAUACCCUAUGAGGGGGAUGAGAUAAGUAUGAUGCUGGUCUUGUCCAGACAGGAAGUUCCACUGGCCACUCUGGAGCCAUUGGUCAAAGCACAGCUGAUUGAAGAAUGGGCAAACUCUGUGAAGAAGCAAAAAGUGGAAGUGUACCUCCCCAGGUUCACAGUGGAACAGGAAAUUGAUUUAAAACAUGUUUUGAAGGCUCUUGGAAUAACUGAAGUUUUCAUCAAAAAUGCAAAUUUGACAGCCUUGUCUGAUAACAAAGAGGUUUUCCUUUCUAAAGCAAUUCACAAGUCCUUCAUAGAGGUUAAUGAAGAAGGCUCAGAAGCUGCUGCUGCUUCAGGAAUGAUUGCAAUUAGCAGGAUGGCUGUGCUGUAUCCUCAAGUUAUUGUCGACCAUCCAUUUUUCUUUCUUAUUAGGAACAGGAGAACAGGUACAAUCCUAUUCAUGGGACGAGUCAUGCAUCCUGAAACCAUGAACACCAGUGGACAUGAUUUUGAGGAACUUUAAAUCAUUUUAUUUAAAUAAUAAGGAAAAUAGUAACUAAGCACAUUAUGUUUGCAACUGGUAUAUAUUUGAGACUUGUGUUUUACAAUACAUCUUAAGAUAAUACUUAAAAUAGCUCCCGAUAAAAACAAUGUAUGUAAAUUAUAAGCCAACUUGUCAAGGAAUGUUAUCCGUAUUAUUGAGGUAAUGAUCCUGUCAUGUCAUUGUGUUUGUUGUGCUAGUAUUUAAAAUAAAAGUACAUAGUGAACAUGUGAA